AUGAAAUCUAUAGAUAAGUCAAGGGCAAAAAUGGUAUUAGUUCAUCGAUCAAUCCUAAGGCCGAUGGUGGUCAGAAGAUUCUAUACCAGCCCACUAAGGAGAUUACAUCCGACAUCCUAUUACCAUUCUUUUGUGAGGCCAUCACCCUUCCUCUACUUCGCCAACUUUGUGAUCAAUCCAGUUAACAACAGGCGAUUCAUUUCCUUCUUCCCCAAAAUAGUUGCACGCGUGGUGAAAUUGCCGGUUUACAUCGGUGGGGGAGCAGCGGCAGUCAGUUCAUACAUUGCGUACAAGAUGGAGGAGGCAGGAAAUUACACUCAAGACCGGCUAGCGCAGCUCAAGGACUUUUCACAAUCUGUGAAAGAUAAAAUCGGAGGAUUUUUUCACGAACAAGACGGCAAUAAGACCAAUGAUAGUAAUGGCGACAAUGGCGGUGAUGGCGACACUGUGGCGGCCGGAGCUCUACUCUCAUCUUUGUCUGGUGAUGAAGAGAUGGCAUCAAAGGAAAAAGACACGGACGACACAGAUUUAGAAGAGGAUGAAUCCGACGAAGAUAACACCGAAAACGAAAUGCUGAAUUUGACAAAGCAAAUGAUCGAGAUCCGGAGCAUAUUGAAUAAAGUGGACUCAUCAUCGGCGAACUUGACCUUGCCUUCUAUCGUUGUGAUAGGAUCUCAGUCAUCUGGUAAAUCCUCCGUCUUAGAAUCAAUUGUUGGUAAAGAGUUUCUACCAAAAGGCUCAAACAUGGUUACAAGAAGGCCAAUUGAACUAACUCUGGUAAAUACCUCCGGUACAAAUGACACCACCGCUGAUUUCCCUGCUCUACGGGUCUAUAAUUUGAAGGAUUUCACUGAGGUAAAGCGAAUUCUUAUGGAAUUAAAUAUGGCCGUCCCUACUUCCGAAGCUGUGUCAGCGGAGCCUAUUCAGCUAACGAUCAAAUCAUCGAGAGUUCCUGAUUUAUCACUUGUGGACUUACCUGGAUACAUUCAGGUUGAAGCAGCCGAUCAACCAUUGGAGCUUAAAUCAAAAAUUCGCCAACUUUGUGAGAAAUAUCUAGCUGAGCCGAAUAUUAUCCUGGCAAUUUCUGCUGCAGAUGUUGACUUGGCGAACAGCAGUGCUUUGAGAGCAAGCAAAGUAGCCGAUCCAAAAGGGGAGAGAACGAUUGGUGUGAUUACCAAACUUGACUUAGUAGAUCCGCAGAAAGCUAAAGAGAUAUUGAGCAGUAAAAAGUAUCCUUUGAAAAUGGGUUACGUUGGUGUAAUUACUAAAGCACCUGGUAAGUCUCAUAAACUAUUCGAUUCUUCCACAAAGAGCACAGGCUUAUUUGGCAAGCAAAAUAAGGAAACUGAUGCUGAUCAAACGAAAGAUUUUGAAAGAAACUACUUCCGAGAGAACAAACGGUUUUUCAAUAACUCACAAGUUUCAACGAAGAAGCUGAGAGAAAAACUAAUAAAGAUUUUAGAAGUUUCCAUGUCAAGUGCAUUGGAGCCUACUUCACGAUUAAUUCAGCAGGAAUUAGAUGAUACAUCUUACCUCUUUAAGGUAGAGUUCAACGAUCGUCAGUUAACUCCUAAGUCAUACCUUUUGAAUAACGUGGAUGUCUUAAAGCUCGCAAUUAAAAACUUUCAAGAAAAGUUCAGUAGAAUUGAACUGAAAUCUAUUCUAAAGGCUGAUCUUGACCAGAGAGUGCUUGAUUUGCUUGCCUCUCGUUACUGGAAGGACGAAAAUUUAGAAGAACUCUCCUCAAAAAAGAGCAUAAAAGAUGAGUCUUCGGCGCUGUAUUGGCACAAAAAACUCGAAUUAGCAUCAUCCAGUUUGACAAAAAUCGGAAUAGGUCGGUUGUCUACCACACUUGUAACAAACGCAAUAUUAAAGGAACUGAAUAACAUUUUGGAUUCUACACAGCUAAGAAAUCAUGAUUUGAUUAAAGAACUGGUAAAUAAUACAGCGGUAAACGUCUUAAACUCGAAAUAUUAUGCUACUGCCGAUCAAGUUGAAAAUUGUAUCAAACCGUUCAAGUAUGAAAUUGAUCUCGAAGAUAGGGAUUGGUCGAUUGCACACGAUCACUCAGUUAAACUGAUGAGGGAAGAGUUGAGACAAUGCAAUGAACGAUUACAAAUGAUCAAACAUACAACUGGUGGUCGUAAGCUACAGCAAGUGCUCAGUUAUCUGCAGCAAGAUCCCAACCGUGAAGAAAGCUUGGGCUUCUCAGCUUUGCUAUUAGAGCGCGGAAGAGAGGCGCUCUUUUUAGAGAAAAGAUCACAGUUGUUAAACUUCAGAUUGAAAACUUUAAGAAACAAGUGCCAAUCAACAGCAGAUAAGGAUAUGUGUCCCGAAGUCUUUCUUAAUGCCGUUAGUGAUAAGCUGACCUCAACGGCUGUAUUAUUUCUUAACGUUGAGCUACUAAGCGAUUUCUUCUAUAAUUUUCCAAUAGAGCUGGAUAAGAAACUGGGAACCCUGUCUGAUGAGCAGAUUGAACUCUUUGCUAAAGAGGAUUCUCGUAUUGCACGCCACAUCGAACUCCAGAAGCGGAAAGAACUCCUGGAAUUGGCGCUUGAGAAGAUCGAUUCCAUUCUAGUAUUUAGGAAAAGUUAUAAAGGCGUGUCCAAGGCGUAA